AUGGGUCCACUGCAUCUGUGCUUGCUGGCCAUGCAUCUCCUGCUGUCGCUGCUGUCGGACCUGGGACCUGGAUCAGGCGCCGUCUUCAGGAAGUCACACGUGCACCGGCGUGGGCUCCUGGAGCUGGCGGGGACUCUACAGUGUGCCCACACCCGGGGAGCCUUGGCCUACAUUAGCUAUGGCUGCCACUGUGGCCUGGGUGGCCAUGGCCAACCUCGGGAUUCUGCAGACAGGUGCUGCCACAUCCAUGACUGCUGCUAUGGACUUGCCGAGGAGGCUGGCUGCCGGCCCAAGCUGCACCGUUACUCCUGGGCAUGUGUCAAUGGUCAGGUGGUGUGCGGACCCACGGAGGACAAAUGCCAGGAACUCAUAUGCAAGUGUGACCAGGAGGCUGCUCACUGCUUAGCCCAAGCCGAGUACAACCUAAAGCACCUCUUCUACCCCUCCUUCUUAUGUGAGAGGGACUCGCCCAAGUGUGACUGA